GCCAUUAUUGCAAUGCUGUCAAACUAAUGAAAGAUCCAAUAAAAUUUGAGCUUUUUAAAAUUAACAGGAAGUCGUCUUCUUUUAACAGACAACGGGUGAUAUCUAAUUUCGAUUUUUUGUGAUUAUAAUGGCUCAGAAUAUAAACCCUCACUACGCAUCGUCGUCUAAUCCAGCUAAACAAAAUGAGGACACGAUAAAAUUAAAAGACAAUCACGCCGUGAGCAAACGAUUGCAGAAAGAGCUUAUGGAGCUUAUGAGAUGUGCAGAUAAAGGGAUAUCAGCAUUUCCGGAGAGCGAAAAUCUUUUUAAAUGGAUAGGUACAAUUAACGGCCCCCUGGAGACCGUAUACGCGGGGCACAAGUACAAACUGUCCCUGGAGUUCCCUAACUCGUACCCUUACGCCCCGCCAGUAGUGAAAUUCCUGACUCCAUGCUUUCACCCCAACGUGGAUACGUGUGGGUUAAUAUGUUUAGAUAUAUUGAAAGACAAGUGGACGGCCCUGUACGACGUUCGCACGAUCCUCCUGUCCAUACAGAGCUUGCUGGCGGAACCCAAUACGCAGAGUCCGUUGAACCAGCAAGCAUCAUAUCUAUGGCCCAACCAGCCCGCCUACAAAAAAUAUCUAGAUGAAUUUUAUAGUAAACAUAGAGACUAAUAGUUUGUUAGAUUUGAUUGUCUGAAUUAUGUUGCAUUGUGUUAACUUGUGUUGUGAAUGUGUGAGUGUUAAGAUGGAGGUGAUAUUUUUCUGUUGUCAAGUAUUUCUCAUGAACACAAAAAUAGACAAGCGUUAAUAUUUAUUGUAUUGUAUCAUUGUAAUUCUCGUAUUUGUUGUAAAUUGUAAAACAUUUCGAUUUUCCAGUCUUUGCAGUUGUCUCCUUAGAGUUAAAGUAUUUGUGACAAAUGGAGGUAUGUAUAUUGAGAGAAAUUGAUUAAAAUAAUUAUUUAGUUCAAUUGCAAA